CUUGUCUUGUUAGGCUAGAGCAGGGCUAGAGUUGCCGAGAGCUCUCCAGUUUUUUUCUAAUUUCUUCGUAACUCACUGUUGCUGUCGUCUCAUUUUUCUUUUGUCUUCAACCUACGCACAUUAGUGUCUUUUUGAAAAUGAAGAGAAGUAAAAGUUUACUCUCGAACAAAUAUGUUCUCGCGCUAAGCGCAGCCGGCACCACUUUCGCUGGAGCGAUUUUUAUGAAGGAAUACAUGGGUGGAAGGAAGUUCGAAGGGAAAGAGCAGGCAGAAGGAAAGGUUGUGAUCAUCACAGGAGCAAACACGGGAAUCGGCAAAGAAACUGCCAGGGAAUUGGCCAAACGAGGUGCGAAAGUUUACAUGGCAUGUCGAGACAUUGACAAGUGUGAAGAGGCUCGUGAAGAAAUAGUCAUAGAAUCGAAAAACAAGUAUGUAUACUGCCGAAAAUGUGACUUAUCUUCUCAGGAGUCGAUAAGAACAUUCGUCAAGAGAUUUAAAAAUGAACAGGAUCGCUUGGACAUAUUGAUCAACAAUGCUGGAGUGAUGCGAUGUCCUCAAUCAUUCACCAAAGAAGGGUUAGAAUUGCAGCUCGGAGUCAACCACAUGGGCCACUUUUUGCUAACAUGUCAACUUUUAGACUUGUUAAAGAAAUCCCAACCGAGCCGUGUGAUAACGGUUUCCAGCAUCGCACACACUCGAGGCACCAUCAACAAGGGCGACCUGAACAGCAAAGCAAAAUAUGACCCAGCCGACGCAUACAGCCAGAGCAAACUGGCAAAUGUUCUAUUCAGCAAAGAGCUGGCGGAACGGUUAAAAGGCACUGGAGUGACGUCUAAUUGCCUCCACCCUGGAGUUGUCGAUACCAAGCUCUUCAGGCACAUGGGCUUUUUCAAAAGCAAAACAGCCAGCUUGUUUGUGCGUCCGUUGAUGUGGCCUUUCGUCAAAACUGCUCGUCAAGGAGCCCAGACGACGUUGUUUGCCGCCCUGGACGAAUCGCUCACCCAGGUUUCAGGGAAAUAUUUCAAAGAGUGCGCAGAGUACCCUGUGGCGCCUCAAGGUGAUGACGACGCGAUGGCCAAGUGGCUGUGGGCGGUCAGCGAAAGGUGGACUCAGGCCAGCAAGGAUUGUGAUAGGGAACCUGACCAGAAGCUGUAGAUUACUUCAGAACUUCUUCUACGAUUUGUGUAGCCGAGACAGAUUUGAAGAUGUGAGUGUCUGACGCUGACGGAUCUGAACGUGACGCGGAGGAUACCGUUUUUGAAGAAAACUAAGUGUUGAUUUAUGUGAUAAGUAUGAAUGAUUGCAUUCUGAAGUAACCCAUAAUCAAAGUUGUUAUUUGCCAAGACGUCAUUUUAAAUUAAAAUCGACGAAAUUUAAUCAUUCUUAAAAUUUA